UUUAAAAUACUGAAAUAUUAUUAAGUUAAUAUGAGCGAGGAAGAGAAAUCUAUACACUCCAGUCAUGGUAGCCCUCCAGCCCCGAAACGUGCGUGGAAUGAAGGAGAAGAAGAAUCUGAAGAGGCAGAUCAGGCAGAAGAUAGUAAACAGCCUGAGAUAACACCAAUGAAGGACUCUGAAAGACAAAAAGAAUUUAAUUAUGACUCAUUUGUUAAGAAAAAGAUCAAUAGUCUUUACUCAGAAGAAGCUGAAUCUGAUAAUGAGGAGAAACCAGCUCCAUUCAAAAAGAUUGUAACCUUGGAUAGAAUAGAUCAUGAAUAUCGGAGUGAAAAAUCAUCUAUUCAAAAUGAAGCACGGUCAGGGAAAUCUUCCAAACAUCAAAUUCAAAACUUUGAUCCUUCAGCAGAAGAAGCUAAUGAUCUAGAAGAGUCAUUAGAGUCUCGUUCUGAUGACUUCUCCUCUUCAAGUGAAGAACAGAAAGAGGUUAAGGAGAAAAUUGCUAAGACCAUGGAUCCUAAUAAACUUGAUGCUGAAAUUGGAGAUGAUGCUGCUAAUCUCAUUGAGUUUCGAAAAAAUAAAAGUACUCCUCCAAACAAAAAGCUUGAUGGAGAGCAUAAACCUGCUGCAAAGAAGAUCUUCCUGGAAAAUGAUCGUGAUGAUGAGUACUUCGAUGAGGAUAUUGACAAAGAAAAGAUGACCUCUAUGAGUACUGCCAACAUGACUACGUCAAUGAUAGAGAGGAAGAAAAAAAAAUAGGAAGUUAGGCUGCUGUAGGAACAAAUUGAGAAGGGAUGCUCACAUUCCGAAAUGACUUAUACUCCCAAGUGAUAUUUACAAGCAAUACUGGGAUAUAUUUACAAGUAUACUGGUCAUUUUGAUCUCCUUCAUUGUUCCAUACAGGGUCGCCUUCAUUGAUGAGGAAGAGACUGACGAGUGGACUUAUAUCUUAUUGUCCCUUGAUUGCUGCUUUUUCAUAGAUAUCUGCCUUAACUUCUUCACUGUGUAUAUUAAUGAAAACAGAGAGCACGUGGUGGACCACAAGUUAAUCAUCAGACAUUAUGUCUUCACUUGGUUUUUUGUUGAUCUGGUAUCUACUAUUCCAUUCGGAAUGAUACUGAAUGUUAACAGUUAUAACUCAUUGGCUAGGGUUUCUAGAGUUUCAAGAAUAUAUAAAAUUAUCAAGAUCAUUAGGCUAACAAGAAUGCUCAAAAUUGCAAAGGAAAGAAGCAAAUUAUCUAAAUAUCUCAAUGAAGUCCUGAGCUUCAGUAUUGGGUUUGAAAGAUUCAUAUUCUUCUUGGUAUUCAUGGUCAUAUUUGUCCACCUGGCAGCCUGAGCUUAUAUGUUCAUUGGAGGAUUUACAUCAGAUGAAAUUGAAUCUUGGUAUUUUCAAAGAAGCAUUCAAGAUGAUUCAAAUUUCGAUCUCUACGUCACCUGACUCUAUUUCGUGUUUACAACUAUUACCACAGUUGGAUUCGGAGAUAUUAGUGGAGGGACGAACGAGGAGAGAAUUUUCUGCACAUUACUCAUGAUCCUUGGGGUUCUCGCAUUCACCUUUACCACCUCUUCCUUAUCAACACUGAUCACAAACAUGGAUUCCAGAAAUGCAAAGCUUAAAACCAGGAUUUCUCAGUUGAAUGCUCUAAACGCUAAAUACAACUUGUCCCUAAGACUGUACCACAAGAUAGAGAAAGUGCUAAAAUUUGAUCACAGUAAAUCAGAAACUUUUGAGAUCUCCUUCCUGAACGACUGCCCUCAAAGACUCAAAAUCGAGCUGAGCUUCUGUAUGUACAAGACAUAUAUUGAGAAGCUUCCAUUUUUCCAAGAAAAAAACGGACAUUUUAUUGCAUUUGUAUGUCCAACUCUGACACCUCAGUUCGUACAUGAGGAAGAGAUUAUUUACAAAGAAGGAGAUAUUGUAAAUGAGAUCUACUUCUUACUCUCUGGAAAGGUCGGUAUGGUCCUCAGUAUCGAGGCUAAGAAACAUCCUUACAUGUACAUAGAAGAAGGUCAUUACUUCGGAGAGAUAGAUAUGCUAAACCACACUGCUAUAGGCUCUAAGAAGUCAAAGAAAGUAAAACUUGAUAAGAAGAGAAACUUUACAACAGUUGCUAUUACCAAUUGUGAACUCCUCCUGUGGAGUAAGAAGAACAUCUACCUUGCUGAUAGUGAGUUCGAUGACGUUAUUCGUAGCAUUUUUGAGACUGCAGAGAGAAGGUACCUCAAAGCAGUUGCUGCCAAGAAGGAAGCUUUUGAGUAUUAUAACUCUCUACAACAUAAGAAAGAACUUGGAUUCACUCCUGUGGUGACCAGAGCCCAAGAGCCCAGUGAGAAUAUCUUCCAAAACAGGAAAAAUUAUUAUAAUGAUGAUGAAGACGAAGUCAUUAUGGAAGAAUUUGAUGAUUUUGAUGAAGAUGAUGAUGGAAAGAAUGAAAAGAAGAAAGAAGAUAAGCAAAAGAAGAACACUGAAAAGAGAAAUCUAUCUCCUGAAAACCGAAGGCUCACUAAACCUAGACUUCAGACAAGUGCAGCAGAUUCUCUUGGCACUCCAAAUAACAAGAACUUAUUUAACGCUAGUUUAAAGAAACAGAACAAAGGAGUAUUGGGGAGAUCUCUUCAUAAGAAUCAUUCUACAAACUUGUUCAGUGGGAAAAAGGAAUACUCAGGGAUGCCUUAUUCAGGUAGCUAUUUAGACAAUGACUCAGCAUCCUCCUCUGCUGAUAAUGAAGAGCUUAAGAAAGAGCUAGAACAGAAGGACAGAGACUUGAAGAUAGCAAGAGCAGAGAUAAAAUCAAUGGAGAAGAAAAUUAAAUACCUCAUGGAAGGAUAGAGAGGCUAAACUAAUGAAGAUGAGUAGGAUAGACCUAUUAAAUAAUCUUAAAAAUUAGAGCAUUGUGCACUU